UAUAUUAUGCUUAAACAAUAGUUUAACGCUACUGGCAUUGUAAAUGCCCAACAAUUAUAUUAUAGUUCAUUUUAAGUGAACUCUUUAACGAUCAAAUCAGACGACGGUAAUGAACGAGACGUAACCAACGGGACAUACAAUAUUAAAAACCCCGCUAUUCGUGAUUUUCAUUGCCGUUACUUGAUUACUUGGGUUCAUUUACUCAUUUAGGUUACACUAUACCGGAUGUUUACAUAGCGGGAAACGUUUGAAACAUAAUUUGCAGAAAGACAAAUUUCCACGAUUAUAAUGGCCAAAUCUAAAGCAGAGCGCAUGCGCGAGUACCGAGCUCGGAAGAAACAACAGCUUGGGGAGAAAGAGUGGCUUAAGAGAGAACGUGCCCGCACAAAACCUUACUUCAAACCGAUGGCGUUGCUAGAUGAGAGCAAGCAGAUUGAAAUUAGAGAAAAGAACCGGAUAAACCAGAUUCGAUUUAGAAGGCGGAAACGGCAACAGAAGAAUACUCUUGUCCACAGCAGUACAGAACCACAACCGUCUAGAAGCGCAGAAUCUAAUGAAAAUGAAGUAUCAAGUACAACAGACACAACAUUGAAGUCAGUGAAGGGUGUUUCGUCGUUGCCCGAUAUGACAAUCAGAAAUACAUUGGACAAGUAUUAGAAGUUUGCUUUGAUGAUAACACCGCUUAUAUCAACUUCAUGUCCGACCCUGGUAAACGUAAAGGAUGCUUUAAGUGGCCCAUCACCGAGGACAAAGUAUGGCGCGAUAUGGCGGAUAUCAUUAAAGUGAUUGAAACGCCGGUGCGGACCACUAAAACAGGUCGCCUAUAUUCUGUUCCUGAAAAUGUACUCAAGCUUGUGUGCGAUGAAUAAAUGACAAAAAAUGUGUUGAGUAAUAUCAUUUACCGCUUAAAGUUAAUCUCUUUCAAAUUUUCGUAUGUCACAUUUCUUAACACAGCGAUGCUGUAAUGAAACACAGAUAUCUCGAAAACGCAAAAGUAAUGAACGGGACAACAGUCUAUGAAGAUCGUCGUCAAUUGUUUAGUAGAAUAUGCACACUGUUUCAUAGCAUUAUGUUGAACAUUUCACCACGAGCUUGCUCAGUCGUAAAGUUAAAGAUUCAUGGUAAUAACCCAUUAAUAUCAGAAAACCAAGAUUUGAACAUAUAUCUUAAUUAGUAAAUAUAUUUGUGGCUUUUCAAAUUUUAUAUAGACAUAAUUAUAUUGAAUAGAUAUGUGGUUAUAUUCAAUUGAAACAGUUAAAUAUUCUAAUGUGUACAAGUGUUGUUAUAAGACGCUUUUUACCUUAUAGAAAUGACAGUGUAAUGAACGGGACAAGUAAGUGUAACGAACGGGACAUAUAAAUUUCGAUUUAAUAAGCAACGCUGUGUUUUUGCAAACCACUUACAUUAACCAACUUGCGUUAUUGACACAUAGAAUUAUAGUUUAUGAUAUGUCGUUUAUGUUAAGAAAAGAUGGUUUUGUUACUAUGAGGUUCUAAACACAGGUCAUGUGUAUUAUUUCUUUUUAUGUGACCAUGGUUACCAGUUUAAAUUGUUUGAUGUUUACAAUAAAAUGCAUAC